AUGCUGUACGAUUGUGCGUGUAUUUUAAAAAUUUGUAUGAAAAAACGUUACAAUACCGAUUCAUUAAAAAAGAACGAUGCAAGUACAUUCUUAGACGAUAUAGCACUAGCAAUCGAUCGAUUUCAUCAACCAGAUCACAAGCAACCGAUGUGCCAAAUACAAAUAAAAGCUGAUUAUAAAUGUUGUAAUAGUAUUUACUACAUAUUUAAAUUUGUUGUAGUCAGUCUCGAUUCACGAGUCUUCUCAAUUUCAAUGUGGCUUUCUGUGAAAGAAACAGCAGGAAAACAUUUUGGUCUUAGUGACUUUGGAUUCAUUCCAGAAAUGGCUAAAAUUAAUUUUGAAAUUGAUGCAAGUAAUGAAUUUGGAGUUGAUUAUUUUCGGCCAGGAUCGCAAAAGACCUACAGUAAGUCAUUCGAGAAAGGUGUUAACAAAGUCUCUGUACAAAAUAUCGGCUCGUUUUUACCCACUCGAAAAAAUUCAGACGAUUCAAAAACAGAUGGAUUAGAAUCACAAUUUCCUGCAAGAGAAGUUAUCGAAUUCUAUUGGAAUGCUAAGAAAAUGCACGAAUUUAAACGUCGUGUUCGUCGAAUCGAUGCAGUUGAAAUGGCACUGGAUUUUCGUAAUUGUAGUUUCGCAGAUAUUGGAAUGUGGGAACGUCAGCUUUUACCGUUGGAAAUUGAAGCAUUGUACAAUCAGAGAACUGCACUGGAGAAAGUUAAUUUGGUUUCAAGUGUGUUGAAAGAGAUAAAAACAGGUUUAGAAUAGAAAAAGGUCAGUUUAAGAGGUAUGUUUUGGUCGUUCAGUUUAAAAUGAGACAAAGGAGAAUUAGAUGCUUAGGAAGAGCAAAAGUCAACUGAACCUCUAUAGAAGUGAAGUCAACGUUAGGAAACAGAGGUGGGCAAGUUCGGACUUGGACUGGACUGAAUGAUUUUGGGGACUGGACUUGGAUUGACUGCGGGCUGAGGAAUUUUUGGUGGUGGACUGUGUUUCAAAAAAGAGGGCUGAUUUCUGCAGACUGAUUGAGAAAAUGAUGUAAGCUUAAAAGGGAUCAGAAACGAAAACAAAUAGAUGAACUUGAUUUCACAGUAAUAAACGCAGUUUUAAGGUG